CUUGUCGCUUUAGGCAUGGACGACAAGACAUUUAACAAGGAGCUGGACGCGUGGAUUGAACAGCUGAAUGAGUGUAAACAGCUCUCGGAGAACCAGGUCAAAGUUCUCUGCGAAAAGGCAAAAGAGAUCCUCACGCAGGAGUCCAACGUGCAGGAGGUCAGAUGCCCCGUGACCGUGUGUGGAGAUGUCCACGGUCAGUUUCAUGACCUCAUGGAGCUGUUUAAGAUCGGAGGCAAAUCUCCAGAUACAAACUACCUCUUCAUGGGAGAUUAUGUUGACCGGGGCUAUUAUUCUGUGGAGACUGUUAGUCUGUUGGUUUCUCUUAAGGUUCGAUUUCGAGAAAGGAUCACUAUCCUCAGAGGAAACCACGAGAGCAGGCAGAUCACACAAGUCUAUGGAUUUUAUGACGAGUGCUUAAGGAAAUAUGGCAAUGCCAAUGUUUGGAAAUAUUUCACAGAUCUGUUUGACUACUUGCCUUUGACUGCACUGGUGGACAAUCAGAUUUUCUGCCUACACGGAGGCCUUUCCCCAUCGAUAGACACAUUGGAGCACAUCAGAGCGCUGGAUCGGCUGCAGGAGGUGCCUCAUGAGGGCCCGAUGUGCGACCUGCUGUGGUCAGAUCCUGAUGACCGCGGGGGUUGGGGGAUUUCACCUCGAGGAGCAGGCUACACGUUUGGACAGGACAUCUCUGAGACGUUUAACCACGCGAACGGGCUGACGCUGGUGUCUCGAGCCCACCAGCUCGUGAUGGAGGGUUAUAACUGGUGUCACGACCGUAAUGUGGUCACCAUCUUCAGUGCUCCAAACUAUUGUUACCGCUGCGGGAACCAGGCGGCCAUCAUGGAGCUGGACGACACGCUGAAAUACUCCUUUUUACAGUUCGACCCGGCGCCGCGCAGAGGAGAGCCCCACGUCACCAGAAGAACUCCCGAUUAUUUCUUGUAAGACGUGAAGAGCCUGGUCAAAAGGAGCGGCGUUUGUCUCAUGGACCAGUGCGUUUGUGCCAUAUCGAGGAACCAACACGAUCACUCCAGUGUAAAUCUGUGUCCCGUCCACUUCUCUGCAUGAGCUCUGAGAAUCCUGCUGGUUUGUCAGGAGUUUAAACCACGUCACACUUUUGUUACCGAUGACCCGAGUGCGUUUCUGUUCUACUACUAUGUAAUAACCGAUGUUGAUGUGGCAUGGCUCCGGCGUCGCAAACGUUUCUUUCUGAACUGUCUAUUUAUUUAUUUUUGGGAGGACGAGGGGGCACCGCUGUGUCUAAAGUCGACAGAUGCUGUUUAUGGAGAAACUCUGCCCCGUUUUACCUUUUAUAAAAAACAAAAAAACAAAACAAAAAUCAAAACAAACAUAAAAACCUAUUUAUUUUGCCUGAAUCUGACCAGUGGAACCUGACCAUAGUAAACUCAAACCAAACCAGACACUUACAGACAGCACUGAAGCAAAUAAACCUGCAGUAUUACUUAUUUAUAACUAAAGUAUGUAUGUCUUUUAUAUUACGCACAACUGACACAAACUCGCUUUACAGACUCGAGCUUCUUCCACAUCAUUUCUCACUGGGCCAAGAUGUUUUUGGUCCAAUCUGUUUUAAAUGUAGCCUGUUUGAACGUCCUCGAGCUCAGCCGCCUGAAAUCACACAGUCUUUUAUUUAUUUCCAGCCAACAUUACAGUAAACGCGUGAAUAUUACCCCCCAGAACAAAGUUUCACCAGUUAUUAAUGAUUUCUAGGCUCAGUGUCAAGUGGGGAACGUGCGCGCGCUCUGACGGAUGUGGCGCUCGAGCUGCUGAUGAAAUAAAACUGUUCAAACUU